AUGUCAUUCAGUAGUCUACUUUCACCAAAAAAGCUACUCAAUAAAACCAAAGGUUCUUCUUCUUCUUCGGAAAAGGGUUUUGCAACCAACUCCAACAACCAGGAAAAUAACCAACCAUUACUCCACCAUAAAACUCAUGGUUCUACUACAACGAACUCCUCAUCUCCAUCGACACAAUAUAAUGGUAACAUAGCAUCACCGCCUUACAAUGCCCCGGCAUCUCCGACACAAAAUUCAUAUUCAAAUUCCAACAGAGUGCCACCACCACAGAUUGAUACUACAGGCACAACAUAUACACAGCCAUCACCUGCUGCUUUACCUCGCAUAAGGUCUCCUUUGUCGCAACUGGCUAACUUUGGUGACUUUGCUCAUGAACAGCAGCAACAACAACAACAACAACAACAACAACAAUCAAACUACAGUUACCAAUAUGGAAAUGCUCCCCAGAAGAAUGCCCAACCACCUGCUAUUUUCGCCAUGGAAAAUAGUGACAAUAGCAGCUCUAGUGCCGAUUCUGCAACCCAGAAUAGAUUGUUGCCAUCAAAAAUGAAUGUCGCCAACAACCAAUCGUCAGAAGUAUCAUCAAUGUAUGACCAGUACUCGUUGAAUUCGCCAAAUUAUUCACCAUUCCCCGGUGCAGCCUCGCCAAGAGUCCGUCAUCUGUCGAAAUUGUCGGAUGCGUUUUCGGACACGACCAAUCUGCCUAGACGCACGUUGUCGGAAAAAGCUCGUAAAACUCCUUCGUCAUUUGUGCGUCAAUCGCGACUUUUUUCCAAUGAUUUAUCCGACAUUGAUUCUCACCUGUUGAAUUCAUUAACCGGACAAUCGUUGUUAUUGCAGAAUAAACACCAGACAGAGAAUUUGUCACCCGAGUUUCGUCCUAUUGUUAACUUGCUCAAUGCGCAGAGAUUGAGGUCGUAUUGUGUGGGGUCAUUUCAAGUGCCCGCUCGUAUCGGUAAUAACGAACAGGCUUGGUUUGAAGUGGAUGCUAAAUUAACUGGGAACGAGUUGGCUAUUUGGAGACCACUGGAUGAUGAAUUUACCAUGGAGGAUGGUAAUGAUGAGUUUAAACCAAAGUAUAUCAAUUUGAUUGAUUUUAGAGUGGAAUUUUUAGGUGAUUUGCAACUUCGCAUUUCGCAAGAUUAUCGUGAGGAUUCCAGUGUUUUGAUUCGAUUCCAUAACGAGCUCGAUUUUAAUAAAUGGAUUAGUGCCAUUAUGUUGUCCAAGUUUGAAUACACCAAGUUGAAUGAAGCAUUCACCGCUGUGUUGUUGAGUUCAAAGGGAUCCAAGUUGCUGGAUAUUCAUGUGUUGCUUACCCACAAGAAGAGGUUUGUUGAGUAUGAGUGGUGUAACAUUAGAUUGCCCGAAAUUUCUACGAAAUGGAUCAAGGUCUACAUGGUGAUUUUGCCUAGUGAUAAACAUCAUUUGGGUAGGAUUGAAAUUUACCCUCUGGAUAAAAAGAUGCAAAAGAAACACCUUAUUGCUUAUAUCAGUGAUUUGUCAAGUUUGUUUAACGUGUAUCCCGAGCAGUCGAAUAUGAUUGAUUUCAAUUCCAUCAUGAGCGCUUCGGGACAGAUUCAUGUGAAUAAACAGUAUGAGUACUUGUUUCCUUACAAUAAUCACGAGGAUAAACACCUGUCACCAAGGAAACUCAUUGCCAAGAACCAUGCCUCAAUUUCGCGUUCAGGAUCAAACAAGUCGCUUUCAUCAUUGACUGAUGAUAAUAACAAUAGCAACAGUGCCAGUAAUACCUUGCAAAUCCCAUCAACACCCAAAAUGAAUGGAGAUUCUCGAUCAAGGUCAGAUUCAUUGAAUUCAACCAAUUCCUUUUUUGCAAACUCUCCAUCGAAUAUGACGCCAUUGACGAGAGAUCGUUCAAUUUCAAAUGCUUCCAACUCGGAUAAACCCAAGAGAUUUAGAUCCAAGAGUAAAUCCAAUACCGAGUUUGACUUGAACCGCACCAAUUCCAGUUUUUUCAAGAAGCAUGCUGAGGAUUUUGCAUUGACGAGCACCAUGUACAUAAUGCCAAUACCACAUCCUGGUGUUAAUGCCGUUGAAACUAUGGUUCGUAACUUUAUCCCCAUUAUUGACUCAUUUAAAUUGUAUGGCCGUCCACGUCAUUUGUCAAGUGAAAAGAAUAAUCCUGAUUCAAUGUUGUUUGGCUUGCCAUCAUUGCCUCAUUAUCAAUAUUUAUCUACACGUGAUGCGCAAGAUGCAUUUGCUGACUAUUUCCGCUUAAACAUGAAUCAGUUUCAAUUGGAGGAUGUUUUGCGCGACAAGAUUGUUGCAUUGAUGCAACAAGGUGGUCAUCAUGGUAAAGGAUACAGAGGACAUGGCGAUAUUAGUAAAUUGUAUGAAGGAUUGGAUCUCAAUUUUGAAGAAGUUACAUCACCUGUCUUGACAGGUGUUGACAGUAUUGGUGGAGGAGAUGAUCGUAUGCUGUUGAAUUUGGGUGAGCCAAUCAAUUUAGGAUCUCCUAGGAUUACCAGCCCAUUGAGUGUUUGA